AUGUCUGAUCUGGAUAAGCCAAAGAAGCGAAAUUCUGAGACCAUAGUAUCCGGUCCUUCUAAAAAAAGAUCAAGAACUGACAGUUGUGAAAAGAAAGAGCCCUAUAAGCCAAAAUCCGGGAUUCGAGAGACUGAUGUUGGAAUUACUGAUUUUGUUUUCAAGGGUGAUCAAAAGCGCAUAAAAGGUGUACUUAAACAACGUUAUACAGACUUUCAGGUUUUUGAAAUUACGCGCAAAGGUGAGGUGCUGCAUUUGAAUGAUCUUGGAUUUGAACCUAUAAGGAAGAAACAGAGGAAGGAGAACGAGGACAAAGAAAGACUAGUAAAUGAUAAUAAAGCAAAAAGUUGCGAUAACAACAAGAAGUCACUUCAAGUGGCACCUGAGGAUAAGGAAGAGCUUGUAAAACUGAUUGGUGAAGAUGAUGCUCGUAAGCUAAUAUCCUUGGUUGGAUCAAAAGCGAAAAUGCAAACUAAGUUAAGCUUUCCUGAUAAAGAAACAAGAACUCGUGUUCAUAAGCUAAUUAGAAAAGCGUUUGAUGGCAUAUUUGAGACUGCAACAACAGAAGACGAUAAAAUUAACAUAGGUAAAGACUCUUUCAGAUGGAAAUCUAGAAGAAAUAAUAAUGACAGUGAGAAGGCAACGGAACCGAAGUUGAAGCAUAAUCUUGGUCCUAGAAAGGCUUUUUUGCAAUUUAAUAUGUAUAAAGAAAACAAGGAAACAAUGGAGGUUGCAGGCAUUCUUUCCCGUAUAUUGAAAAUUCCCGUGAAGUAUGUGAGAUAUGCCGGUACGAAAGACAGGCGAGGAGUUACUGUCCAAAGAGCCUCGCUAGAAAAUGUGUCAAUUGAGAGGGCAAAUUCAUUAAACAAUAUUCUUAGAAAUUGCAGGAUUGGCUGCUUUGAGUAUUCAGAUACCCCAAUAAAUCUUGCAGCCUUAAGCGGUAAUGAAUUUUUGAUUACAAUUAGGGAUGCAGAGCCCGCUGAUUCAUCAUCUACGUUGGAAGAGGCUGCCAAACCAAUUCUUGAUUCUCUUCGGGAUAAUGGAUUUAUUAACUACUUUGGAAUGCAAAGAUUUGGAACCUUUUCAGUUUCAACACAUUUAGUUGGUAAAGAGAUUUUGAAUGGUCGGUGGAAGAAUGCUGCGGAAUUGAUUUUGAGCGAACAGGAAGUUGUCGUUCCUUCAUCUAAGGAUUCUCGAAGAAUAUGGGCUCAGACGAAAGAUGCUGCAUUAUCGUUGAAGAAAAUGCCAAGAAAAUGCAGCGCCGAAUUUUCCAUUUUAAGCAGAUUAAGCCAUACAAAAAAGGAAGAAGAUGGUGAAUAUUCAUCUGGAUCAUACUUUAAUGCAAUAAUGGGCAUUCCGAGAAACCUCAGAAUAAUGUAUGGGCAUGCUUAUCAAUCAUAUGUUUGGAAUUGUGUGACAUCUUGCCGAAUCAAACUUUUUGGUUUGAAAGUCGUGCCAGGCGAUGUGGUGUUGAUAACAAGGUCGGUCGAGGACGAUGAUGGGGCUGAAGAUGUGAAGCAAAGGCAUACCACAGAAACUCAUGUAGUCACAAAGGAGGAUAUAAAUGAUGGUAAAUAUACUAUAUACGACAUUGUGCUUCCUACUCCUGGAUACAGCGUUCAGUAUCCAGAAAAUCGUGAUCUGAAAAAUGCUUAUAUUGAUAUCAUGAAAAAGGACGGACUUGAUCCAUUUAAUAUGUCGAGAAGGGUUAGAGAAUUUUCAUUACCGGGAUCUUACAGGCACAUCGUUGCAAAAGUAUCUGGCUUGACAUACACCAUUAGAAGAUAUAAUACAUUUACAGACGAAUUGGUUAAGACAGAUCUAGAACUUCUAGAAAUGAGGAAGGUUGCACAGUUAAGGGGAGAACCCGAAAGUGUGAUUCCUAGGAUCAAUCAAGGAUUUCCAGAUGGCGCUAAAGAAGCGUUGAUCGUCGAUGAAUUAUGCAUUAAGGUGACUGACCAGCUAAAUCCUCCAUUUUUUCGUGCAAAAAUCCGUGGACUUUGUAAGUACGUUUCUAAAGCAACACCUUCAUCUGUUCGGAAAAUUCUUGGACGCACUCUUCCUCAAUCUAUAAUUGAUGACUGGGACUUUCUUAACAUUGACCUAAGCUUUUUUAGGUCUGUGUAUCAAAAUGCUCCAGAGGUUAUGGAAUAUAGGGCUAAGUAUAAAAGUACGGGAAACUGGGAGCAUGAUGUCACAAAAAUGGAACAAUUGAUUUUGGGAAGCAACGGGUUACUUGCUAAACGAUUCAUAAUGGGUGGGAAUAGUGCCAUUCUAUUAUGUAAUAGGAAUAUAUUUAGGGUUAUGAUUAUGGAGAAACCUCUGUUGAUAAUGGACCGCACCUCUAGGAUCUGCUGUUAUCCAGAUUCCAGUAUUGGUUUCAGGGAUAAAUAUGGACAUACGAAGGUUGGAUGUACAGCAGUUGGAAUACCCAAAGAUGAAUCAUCUGAGAAUGUCAUGAACUUUGGCUAUUAUGAUACUCGCACAAAUGGAGCUCUCAAGAAGGAGAAAUGA